AUGUGGAGUACAUUAAGAGUGUUCAAGCAAAAUUUAAGGGGACAACAACCACAACACCAUACACAGAAGACAACAACCACAACACCAUACACAGGGGACAACAACCACAACACCAUACACAGGGGACAACAACCACAACACCAUACACAGAAGACAACAACCACAACACCAUACACAGGGGGACAACAACCACAACACCAUACACAAGGGACAACAACUACAACACCAUACACAGAAGACAACAACCACAACACCAUACACAGAAGACAACAACCACAACACCAUACACAGGGGACAACAACCACAACACCAUACACAGGGGACAACAACAACAACACCAUACACAGGGGGACAACAACCACAACACCAUACACAGGAGACAACAACCACAACACCAUACACGGGGACAACAACCACAACACCAUACACAGGGGACAACAACCACAACACCAUACACAGGGGACAACAACCACAACACCAUACACAGGGGGACAACAACCACAAAACCAUACACAGGGGACAACAACCACAACACCAUACACAGGGGGACAACAACCACAACACCAUACACAGGGGGACAACAACCACAACACCAUACACAGGGGACAACAACCACAAUACCAUACACAGGGGGACAACAACCACAAAACCAUACACAAGAGACAUCAACCACAACACCAUACACAGGGGGACAACAACCACAACACCAUACACAGGAGACAACAACCACAACACCAUACACGGGGACAACAACCACAACACCAUACACAGGGGACAACAACCACAACACCAUACACAGGGGACAACAACCACAACACCAUACACAGGCGGACAACAACCACAACACCAUACACAGGGGACAACAACCACAACACCAUACACAGGGGGACAACAACCACAACACCAUACACAGGGGGACAACAACCACAACACCAUACACAGGGGACAACAACCACAAUACCAUACACGGGGGACAACAACCACAAAACCAUACACAAGGGACAUCAACCACAACACCAUACACAGGGGACAACAACCACAACACCAUACACGGGGACAACAACCACAACACCAUACACAGGGGACAACAACCACAACACCAUACACAGGGGACAACAACCACAAUACCAUACACAGGGGGACAACAACCACAAAACCAUACACAAGGGACAUCAACCACAACACCAUACACAGGGGACAACAACCACAACACCAUACACGGGGACAACAACCACAACACCAUACACAGGGGACAACAACCACAACACCAUACACAGGGGACAACAACCACAACACCAUACACAGGAAGACAAUAACCACAACACCAUACACAGGGGACAAAAACCACAACACCAUACACAGGGGGACAACAACCACAACACCAUACACAGGGGACAACAACCACAACACCAUACACAGGGGGACAACAACCAAAACACCAUACACAGGGGGACAACAACCACAACACCAUACACAGGGGACAACAACCACAACACCAUACACAGGGGGACAACAAUCACAACAACAUACACAGGGGACAACAAUCACAACACUAUACACAGUGGGACAACAACCACAACACCAUACAUAGGGGACAACAACAACAACACCAUACACAGGGGACAACAACCACAAUACCAUACACAGGGGGACAACAACCACAACACCAUACACAGGGGGACAACAACCACAACACCAUACACAGGGGGACAACAACCACAACACCAUACACAGAAGACAACAACCACAACACCAUACACAGGGGGACAACAACCACAACACCAUACACAGGGGACAACAACCACAAUACCAUACACAGGGGGACAACAACCACAAAACCAUACACAGGGGGACAACAACCAAAACACCAUACACAGGGGGACAACAACCACAACACCAUACACAGGGGACAACAACCACAAUACCAUACACAGGGGGACAACAACCACAAAACCAUACACAAGGGACAUCAACCACAACACCAUACACAGGGGACAACAACCACAACACCAUACACAGGGGACAACAACCACAACACCAUACACAGGGGACAACAACCACAACACCAUACACAGGGGACAACAACCACAACACCAUACACAGGGGACAACAACCACAACACCAUACACAGGGGACAACAACCACAACACCAUACACAGAGGGACAACAACCACAACACCAUACACAGGGGAUAACAACCACAACACCAUAAAUAGAAAGACAACAACCACAACACCAUACACAGGGGGACAACAACCACAACACCAUAUACGGGGACAACAACCACAACACCAUACACAGGGGACAACAACCACAACACCAUACACAGGGGGACAACAACCACAACACCAUACACAGAGGACAACAACCACAACACCAUACACAGAGGACAACAACCACAACACCAUACACAGAGGGACAACAACCACAACACCAUACACAGAGGGACAACAACCACAACACCAUACACAGGGGACAACAACCACAACACCAUACAUAGGGGACAACAACCACAACACCAUACACAGGGGACAACAACCACAACACCAUACACGGGGACAACAACCACAACACCAUACACAGGGGACAACAACCACAACACCAUACACAGGGGACAACAACCACAACACCAUACACAGGGGACAACAACAACCACAACACCAUACACAGGGGACAACAACAACCACAACACCAUACACAGAGGGACAACAACCACAACACCAUACACAGGGGACAACAACCACAACACCAUACACAGGGGACAACAACCACAACACCAUACACGGGGACAACAACCACAACACCAUACAUAGGGGAGACGCUUUACGUCUCAGCAACCCUAGAGUCCAGUAUCCAUCUUCAACCUGGCUCAGCUACUAG